AUGCUAGAGGGAAAGAUGCUGAGCAUAGGAUAUGAUAGACAGAGAGAUGCUGAGCUGAAAGUAGAAUAUGCUAGAGGGAGAGAAGUUGAGCUGGGAGUAGGAUAUGCUAGAGGGAUAGAAGCUGAGCUGAGCGUAGAAUAUGCUAGAGGGAGAGAAGUUGAGCUGGGAGUAGGAUAUGCUAGAGGGAGAGAAGUUGAGCUGGGAGUAGGAUAUGCUAGAGGGAGAGAAGCUGAGCUGAGAGUAGAAUAUGCUAGAGGGAGAGAAGUUGAGCUGGGAGUAGAAUAUGCUAGAGGGAGAGAAGCUGAGCUGAGAGUAGAAUAUGCUAGAGGGAGAGAAGUUGAGCUGAGAGUAGGAUGUGCUAGAGGGAGAGAAGUUGAGCUGGGAGUAGAAUAUGCUAGAGGGAGAGAAGCUGAGCUGAGAGUAGAAUAUGCUAGAGGGAGAGAUGCUGAGCAUAGGAUAUGA